UAUGCCACGUUCUGCCGAAUGGCGACCGCCCAAAGCCCAGUUCAGUCAGGCGAGCUUCUUAUACCGAACGCACGUCGCCUUAUUCAUCUACAUUCGGAACAGUAUUAAAACUUUUCAAGUGCUCUCUUGUGGUUACUAAGUGUUUUAUGACACGAAAUGUUUCGUGACAAACGUUCGCUAUAGUGGCCAGUUUUCGUCGUAUCUACAGGAAUCAAAAUGGAGACUGACAAGAUGUCAACAGCUUCCUCCGUAGGGACAGAACGCCGGCCCUUGAUGCAAGCUCUUGUGUUGGAGCGACGCAUACUCUUUGGGUGUACCGUGUUCGUUGGGCUAUGCACAUUCGUGUGGAUUGCAGCAGUUUGCACUGAGAAAUGGGUGUAUAUAGUAAGUGAUAAUGGAAUAUAUCUACCCACAAGAGGUGAAUAUUUUAUGUGGAGUGAUUCAGGAGUAUGGCAAAUAUGUCGCUAUGUGUUCCGGCCACCGAUUGUAGUGGAUAAGAACGCCUCGACACAUUUAACAACGGCUAGACCGUUUGAUAUUACUGGAAUGCAGGGAGAAUAUUUUACGAAUUGCACAAAUUACUUGGCACAGCCUGCAAUGAAAAACGGGAAGCCUGUAGACCCUGCUUAUGAUAUUGAUGUGGCAAACUACGUCCGCACCAUGAUAUCUUUUGGUAUCAUAAGUCUAUUCGUGAUGGCGAUGGGAUGUGGCUUCUCGACUUACACGUUUAGAAAUCCGAGGUACAUGUUCAAACGCCUUGCAGCGGGAAUACAUUUUAUAAGCACGUCCUGCACUUUUGUGGUUGUUCAAGUGACCAUGUCAACAGUUGACCAUAUGAAGAAAAAUUUAAAAUAUAUUUAUCCAGAACAUGCCUACCACUACUUUCACAUCAGCUAUUUCCUAGCAUGGUUGGUGGUUCUUGUCAACUUGUUUGCUGCCGUGUCUUUCCUGUGGUACUCUCGGAAAAGAAAAGGCGACAAAGCAGCCACAGAUGAAUUAGCAAUGGCGGAUGAACCAACGAUUAUUGGUCGAUGACCACUCUCUUAUCUCUAUCAGCGACCAAUCAAGUCGAAUGCAUACUUGAAAUCUAUAUUGAAUAGUGCUCAAAUGACCAGAACAAUGAAGUCUUCCAUUUUUGUUAGUUUAAUACUUGAACCAACGGGCGGAGUUGGAAAUGUUAAGUUUUUUGGAGUUUCUCUUAACUUUGUUUAUAAUUACUAUGUGUUACUACUUUUCUCAUAUUUUGGAAUACCUACAGAAAAUUACUAAAAGUUUACUUCCAUAGUGUUCUUUUAUAUAUUAAAAUGUUUAUGUUCUCUUCCAUUUUUAUUAUUAUAAUAAACUGCCACAUCAUACAGGGUAUCUUUUUUAUGAAAGAGAAGGAUAAAAAAGCCUGCGGAUCUCCUGAUGUAAGUGAUGAUAAGUGAUUACUCUUGCCUAUGCUACCUCGCAACACCAGAGGAAUUACAGGUGGGUUGCCUUUAUAGCUUUAUAAAUCUAGCAUAAUAUAUGAAUGAUGCCUUAUAUAAUUCAGUAUCUUAUUAUUAUUAUUAAUAGCAUCAAUAUCAUAUUUUAUGAAAAUAUUAUAAAAAUCUGUCUUGUUCUAAUGUUCGAACGUCAUAAUCGCAUCAGCGAAAUAGAAUGACAACUACAGAUCUUUUUACGUUUUUAAAAAUAAUGAAUAUAAAUAUUAUAGUAGAUUCCUUAUCAUUUCAAAGAAAACGAACAAAGACAUGUUCUGCGUAAUCAAAAGUACUUAAAGUUGAUGUUGGAAUUGUUUAAUUUGAAAUUUAAGUAUUGGUUUUCUAUCAGUGAUGUAAAUUUUGUUGCUGCCUUUGCAGUCUUUAGGUUCAACUGAUUGUUUAAUUGCAUAACAGACGAAUAUCUCAUAGUUUCAAGCCGGGAGAGAAUCCAUGUCUUGAACCACCCAUCUAGAGUAUUCUCGAGCAAAAUGAACAAGUGUCAGACAUUACAAGUUGGAAGCAUAUAACCAUUAUGUUUUAUAAAUUCAGAGUUAAUAUCUAGUCACAACUGUCUUGGACAAUGGAUUUUGUCGCAAAUGUUAAGAUUUUCAAUAUCAUACAUACCCUUUUCUGAUCUGGCCUAGGUGCCAUUCUUAUAAAGAUUUUUUCAGCGUGGUUAAACUGAGUAUGGGCAUCAGGUAUAAAUUUUUAGAUCUUUUUUUCAUAAUACGAAGUUAUUGUAUUACAAAACUCGAAUUUUUAAAAGUACUUUACAUGUCAGUUGAACGUGCUAAUCUAAAGCGAUUCUAGAAUUUAAUGUUUUAUUUAAUUUUUAGUCUUUAUAUUAAGUAUGAAUACUGUUGUACAAAUAUUUAUAUAUUUUAAUGAAUAUACCUAUUAACUGAAAUUUUGAGAUUACUUAUCCCAAUAUACCUCAGUGAUUUUGUAAAAAAAUAUUUUUACUUUUAUAAAACAUUUAUGUCUAUUAUCUUUUGACUUCUGUAUCUACGACGAAAUUUUCGGAUUUUUUCAGAAACUUUUAGAAUAAACAAAAAGCAGCGAUUUCUAAAUAUUGUGUAUUCCCUUUUAUAUAACUCGAUCGUUUGCUGGUUUCGACUUAAUUGUCCUUAUUUGGCUACCUCAAUUACUGCAAAAAUUGCUUCAACGUGUAUUUACUCUUUAAAUAUCUACUACAACAUAAUUUUUUUAAUUCUAAUGUUUGUUUUAUACCUAACAUUCCGAAAUCGGUAAGUGCAAUAUGUCACUAGAUUUUUAGAUACACCAAAAUCGGAAGUGCCGUACGGCACACUACGGCCGACCAAGUUCUGACCCUUAUUUGGUUCAGAAGAGAUUUGAUUUUGUAUGGUCGUAUAGCUUGUUUCAAUAGCUUUCUUAUACAUUCACUCAAAUCAUCCUAAUAAUAAGGAAUCUAUUAAUACACUUAAAAUAAUUCGCAUUGACAGGCCGCUGUGCGCGCUCCAAAAUCGCACCGAUCUUAAGGCAUACCGCGGCACAGGGGCACUUACCGAUUUCGGAUAUUAGUAUAAUUAUUCACGUGAGUUUUGUAAUUACGUGUGAAUGGCCACUUCCAAAGCUAAAUUGAAUAUCGACAUUUCUUAAGAAGUUUUUGAGCCAACUUUGAUGAAACGUAAAAGAGUAUCUUUGGUUUAAAAAAAAACAUUUCCAGAUGGUUGAAACCGGGAUAAAUACUCAUAUAAGUUGACAUUUAUUUGUUAUUCGCUAUUCUUACUAGCUUAGAAUUUGGCCGUCCAUUCCCAAUUAAGAAGUUUACAUUGUAUAUACUAUUGUUCAUUCAAAUUCAAAUAAAAAAAAAAGUUAUAUUAUGCUUGUAUUUUGACUUAAAUUUACUUCUAAAUGUGUGUUAUUGAAAUAUAUCUUUAAAUUAUUGUAUAAUGUAUCGUUAGCCUGAACCAUGGAUAAAAAGUUAAAAGAAAAGAGUAGCGAGUGACAUGACUAGUCCUAUAUUAAUUUAUAUGAGAAGUAUUAGCAGUCCGUACUGUGAAUUUUUGCAAUUAGAAAACGAGCACUUUUUCUUUUGCCGUUACGACUCAGAAUAUAUUAUUGUUACUUAAUAAAGUGAAACUUCUAAUGCGACUUCCAACAAGGUUGCGUUAUACGUUUAACGCUACCAUCAUGGAGGGGGUAUGAAAACACCGUUGCGUUACACUCCUGGAUACGUUUAACGCUCCUGGGAUUAUUAUUAUUAUUACUAGUUGCUAGCCCAAUUAACAAACCCUCCUGGGUCUUCCGCGUCCGCUUCCUCGGGGUAACUGUUCGGGGCGAUGGCCCCUUUCAGUGAUGUCAUCGCCGCUCGCAACUACAGGCAGGGUGGGACUGGUUGGCCCGUGGUGUCAUGUCCGGUGGUAUUUUGCUGCAGUGUGAUCGAGUCCGCGUAGUGUCAUUAGUGAUCUGCAGAUUGCGGCAGGGUGGUAGGUCCAUGGUUGGCUUGCACUCGCCGCUCAGCGAGGUCAAACCCGCCGAUAGUGUACCGGUGAGCAUCCAUCAGCCAGCAGCGAAGAAGCAGUCGUGUCCUAGGAUACUAGGUCACGUGGUAGUCUUAUGUCCGGCGGUCGUCGAUGGUAUGGCGCGAUGCCACGCAGAUGCUGGGAUCGCGCUCCAUCGCCGCGUGCGAACACAGAGGUGCUCCGGCGAUGAACGAAGUUGGCCAGGCUCUCCAUGCGCAUGUCUCUGAACAUCACCUGAUUCAGUACAAAGCGUGGUGCUCCGGAGAUGGUGCGGAGUGUCAAUGACUGCUGCGCUCGCAGCGACUUGCGAUCCGUCUCACUUGUCAGCGCGAACCAGGCGGGCGCCGCGUAGGUGAGUCACGUGCAAACGUACGCCUUGAGACGCACAGCUUCAUAAGGAAAGGCAGGUGGGACGCCAGUACGGGACGGAGAAGGUUCCGGGCGGCGCGCGCCUGGGCGCGUCAAAUGAGACUUCACAUCUUAUGUCUCAAGGUGACGAGCACAGUUUUAGUACCGCUCAGAAUUUUUGGGGUUUUUUCAAGAAUCCUAAACGGCACUGCAUUGAAAUGGGCAAGGCGUAUCAAUUACCACCAGCUGAACGUCCUGCUCGUCUCGUACCUUAUUUUCAUGAAAUAAAGAAGAGAUUAUGUAUGACGCGAGUAUACCUUAAAAUAUUCUGAUUUCAUGCGCACGACGUAUUACUACAUAGACACCAGAAGAUUAUAUACAUAUAUAUUAGUGGUGAUAGUAAUGCCUUUCAUAGCGGUUGAAAUCAUGUGUCAUCCUAGCAACGCGUUCCAGGACUUCAUAUGCAGUUUAGAAGUUCAUGCACAAUGCGAGUUUCACUUCGGACAUGACGUGUACUUUGUACGCAUGCAUUUUUUUUAUAUUUGCAGUUGAUACCAUAAUUAUUCCAUCCAGUUGUUACGCCAAGCCAAAAGCUGUCCUAGUCUUCGGUAGCCAUUUACCUACGCACUGUUGGUACUUCUGUAAAAUUAGUUACAUCUUAUUAGUUUGAAUUAUUAGAAAGUAUGAUUAAUCUCGAAAAUCCCUUCUUAUUCGUCUAUUAUUUGUUCUAGGUAUAAAUAAGAUUGUUGUUACCGCUAUAUUUCGCUACAAUUCUUUUGAUAAUGUCAGCUGAUAUAUCGUUCUGGUCUAUCACCAGGGAACCAAGAUAUACAAUGAGUCAAGAGGCGCCUUACUCACUGUCUACAAAAUAAAUUUAGCGGUAUAAAUGUCCAAAAUAUUGUAUUGAAAUCACUUUAUUCUACUCUUGUAUAAUAUAUCGUUUAUAAAUAUGCAUUGUUGUUAAAUAUAUUACUUGAUUAUAAACAUGGUAUAAAAGUCAACUAUUAUAUUAUUUCA